GAGACUUUUAUUUCUUUGCAUUAUUGGUUGUAUUUGUUUUGUUUUAUUUAUCAUCUUACAUACAACUUGUGUGUGUGUUCUGAUAUGAAUAUGAAUAUACGAAUCUAUCCUUCUCCAACAAGGAACUCUUCGUGACCAGAUCCAACUAGACAAAACGACAAGACGCCGAAACAGAAUGUCGCAGCAAUACUACGGAGAUUCGCAAUGGCCCGGCGCGGGUCCUUCCCAAUCUACUUGGGAUCACCAGACACCUCCGCCGCCCCCCGCGCGAUCUGGUGCCAGCUCUGCCAUCCCGCGCGAAGUCGAAUCCAUCGCUUUCGCCUACCAAUUUGAGGAGGUGGAACGAGCUGUCGACAACCUGGUGAAGAGCGGGAAGAUGUACGGCCCGCCAGGGCGACACGGCCGAGUUGCAUCUGGGCAUGGCCCGCGACCUCAUUCCCUGGAGUUUGGCGACCCGCGCACCGGCCAUUCUGGCCCCAAUUUGCAGAAUUUCUAUGCUGCGCAACGUCACCAACCUUCGCGCGGCUCCAACGAGGCGGAGCAGAUGAUGCAGGCCAAGCGGAGGAUGGCAGCUCAGCGGGAGCGAGAACUUCGCAACUAUCAUCAAGAACAGCAAUAUAACCGAAAUGUUCUUGCUGAUAUGUCCUAUACCGGCAAACCCGAUCGUGCUCUAAGCCCCAGCAGCAUGUCCGAGGAUGAACGCCGUGAUUUGAUCGCCCGCCAGCGUAGUGCUCUAUUUGGUGGUGAAGGAGGUUAUCCUGAGGAGUCUGGUGCGAGUCGGUCUGGAAUUCCUGGCUUGCCACCGGCUUCCUCAUCUCAUCGGGGCCCGUCGCCCCUGACUUACGACUAUGGACGAAACAACGCCCCCAAUGCCUCGGAAGGUGUCUCGCAGUCCGCUGACGCUCAGGGUUUAUCCCGCGCCAACACAAACUAAUCGUACUAGCAACUCGUCUCCGACUGGUGGAUCCCCACCCCGAGGAAAUGGUGUUUCUAAGCCUAUAGGUAGUACGGUGGCCCCGAUCGGAACGCGUCCUGCCGGAGCUCAGGCGCAGAAUCCUGCACUGAACAAGCGCUCGACUACGCCGCUGCCAUCACCUCUAAGCCACGGCUUCACUGCCUCAGGCAGUGAUGAGGCUAAUACAGGUGUGUCGACUACUGGGGCCCCCUCUAACCCUCCUAGUGCUGCCGCGGAUGGGUACAGCGGAUGGGGCAGUCGUUCAGGUGUUUGGGGCAACAAAUCCAACUUAGGAGUUCAGGCGAGUGUAUGGGGUUAGGGAUCGCUCCGCUAGCCCAAGUUUUGACAAACUAAUCUGAGAAUGCAUUGAUCCAUCUGG